GGAAUGAGAGAGAGAGGGUGAGUGAGCGAGCACAGGCUGAUCUCUAUCUAUCUCCCUCAGACAUCUUUCUAUGUUGCAAUACACAGAGCAGAGGACGUGCUGGUCGUUGGCAGUGAGUGGCACAGCAACCCAUCAUGCGCGCCGUCUUCUGAAAACCUUCAGCGGCGCGAGGGAUGGCUUAGUCGCGUGCGGAGCGCCGAUGCUGCACGAUGAGUGUAGCGCUGCAAGAUUUACGAAAUAACAUGUCUAAUUACAAGCGUGCUACCUUUGAGGAGGAGGACGGGACAGACAUCCAUGCAGAUGGAGCCAUCUCUCCUGACAGUGUGGAGGUGGGUUUCCGUAAGGGUGGUAUUCAGCUGUUUGGUCCACUGGGCAGGAGGACUCAACUGGAAGUAGUGUUGGCCGGACUGCUUCUCGCUUCACUUCUUGCUCUGUUUGGCUGUGCGAUCACACUGGGAGUCCGCUAUAACAGAGAUCCCGUCCGUAGUAUCUGUCUAACAGAAGCAUGCGUAACUGUGGCCAGUAAGAUCGUGGAAGCUCUGGACCGCUCCGUCGACCCAUGUCAGGAUUUUUACCAAUACGCCUGUGGAGGAUGGGUCCGCAAAAACCCCCUGCCAGAUGGCCGGUCCCGCUGGAGCACAUUUAACAGCAUCUGGGACCAGAACCAGGCUGUGCUCAAACACCUGCUGGAAAACGGCACUUUUAACUCAAGCAGUGAAGCAGAGAGGAAGACGCAGUCCUACUACCUUUCCUGUCUUAAUGAACAGCGAAUAGAAGAGCUUGGAGCCCAACCACUCAUCGACUUGAUUGCAAAGAUAGGAGGCUGGAAUAUCACAGAGUCCUGGGACAAAGACAACUUUCUGGACGUUUUAAAGAUAGUUUCAGGACCUUACAGAGCUCAGCCCUUCUUCACUGUCGGUGUCAGCGUCGAUCCCAAAAACUCCAACAGUAAUGUCAUUCAGGUUGACCAAUCAGGACUCUUCCUCCCAUCCCGAGAUUAUUACCUUAAUAAGACCAAUGAGAAGGUAUUGAAGGCUUACCUGGAUUACAUGGUCGAGCUGGGAUUGCUGUUGGGAGGAGACAAGAAUUCCACUCGAGUUCAGAUGCAGCAGAUUUUGGACUUCGAGACGGCGCUGGCUAACAUCACAGUGCCUCAGGACGAGCGGCGGGAUGAGGAGAAGAUCUACCACAAGAUAACCAUAGCUGAUCUGCAGAUGUUGUCUCCAGCAGUUGAAUGGUUGGAUUAUCUGAACUUCGUCCUGUCACCGCUGGAGCUGAACGACACGGAGCCUGUGGUGGUCUACGCUAAAGAAUACCUGCAACAGGUGUCGGAUCUCAUCAACAAGACGGACCACAGUCUUUUGAAUAAUUACAUGAUCUGGAAUCUGGUUCAGAAAGGAGCGUCCAGUCUGGACCAGCGCUUUGAGAACGCUCAGGACAAACUGCUGGAGAGCCUCUACGGCACCAAGAAGUCCUGCACUCCACGCUGGCAGACGUGCAUUGGGAACACAGAUGACACUCUCGGUUUUGCAUUGGGUGCUCUUUUCGUCAAAGCCACUUUCGACAAACAGAGCAAAGAAAUAGCGGAGGGGAUGAUCAAUGAAAUCCGCACAGCUUUCAAAGACGCGCUGGAUGAUUUGAAAUGGAUGGAUGAACAGACCCGACAAGCUGCCAAGGACAAGGCGGAUGCCAUCUAUGACAUGAUCGGAUUUCCAGACUUCAUUCUGGACCCCAAAGAGCUUGAUGAUGUAUAUGAUGGGUACGAGGUAACAGAAGACAACUUCUUCCAGAAUAUGAUCAACUUCUAUAACUUCUCAGCGCGAGUGAUGGCAGACCAGCUGCGCAAGCCGCCCAACAGAGACCAAUGGAGCAUGACUCCACCCACGGUGAACGCAUACUACAUGCCCACCAAGAACGGAAUCGUCUUCCCCGCCGGCAUCUUACAGGCCCCCUUCUACGCCCAGAAUCACCCCAAAGCUUUAAACUUUGGUGGCAUUGGAGUGGUGAUGGGACAUGAGUUAACACAUGCCUUCGAUGACCAAGGCAGAGAGUAUGACAAAGAUGGAAACCUUCGGCCGUGGUGGCAGAACUCCUCGGUGGACGCGUUUAAGAACCGCACCGAGUGCAUGAUUGAUCAGUACACUCAGUACACCAUCAACGGAGAGCACAUCAACGGCAAACAGACCCUGGGAGAAAACAUCGCAGAUAACGGCGGCUUGAAAGCUGCCUAUCACGCGUAUCGCUCAUGGGUGCAGAAGAACGGUGAAGAGAAGAGGCUCCCAGCUGUCAAUCUGACAAACGACCAGCUCUUCUUCGUAGGUUUUGCUCAGGUGUGGUGUUCAGUCCGAACUCCAGAAAGCGCUCACGAGGGCCUGAUGACGGACCCUCACAGCCCUCCCAAAUACCGUGUAAUCGGCACUCUAUCCAACUCGCCCGAGUUCACGGAGCACUUCCAGUGUCCUCUGGGCACCCCCAUGAACUCAGGCCACCGCUGCGAGGUGUGGUAGGACCGUCUCCCGCCCCCCAGACACCAGCCCGCGUGCACAGACCAGCCUUUCUGGCUCUUUCUCAAGCACUGAUUUUAUUUAUGUGCUCAGAGUUAUUUGAGAAGUCAGGCUUAAAGCAGGAGGAUGAAGCGAGCACCUGCUACCGCUCUUCUCCAAUGCCACAUCAGACUCUCUUUAUUUAUUUGUUCACUGACCUUGGGAGACAUUAAGGGUCCCACGCUUACAUGUGUGUUUGUGUGCUUCAUACCUUGAUUUAAAACAGGCCUGAUUCUGAUCUCGUCUUCUGAUCGGGAAGAUGUGAGCACUGUGAUGCCGCUGGAACCCCUCUCCGUGGAACCCCACAGGAAAUGUUUGGAUCCAUCUGUGAUGACUUCACAGGAAACUUCAUGUUCUCCCAGUGACCUCACAGGAAGUGCUGAACUACAUCUGUGACCCCCACAGGAAGGAAGACCUUUCAAGGAUGAGAGCCUAUUUCCCAAUUGUGAUUUCAAAGAAACGCUAUCAAAUGACAGGGAGAGCCACUGUUUGUUCAUCCGUCCUGUGUGUCAUGAUUCGGUCUUGACAAAGUUGAAAUGAGAUGUUCAUUUUAAACUGCUUUUUGCCAAAGAACAAUUGUAGGUUUGUUCCUUGUGUAAGUGAACGCUUCGCCUUCAGUUACUCCAUAAUUCCACUGUGUUUUGCGACGUUGAGUUGAGUGUGUGAAGGAUGUAUUUUUCCGUCUCCAUGUCGUGCUGAUCUUUGUCAGUUCUGCUGAAGUGCUGUCAUGUUACGUUCUGAAAACCACUAAAAAGGUGAAUCUCACCUAUGUUUGAGUCAUAUUUCACUCCAAAGUUAAUAGAUUAUUAUUAUUUGCAUAAAAAUGUCAGUUUGUAGAACUAUAAAGAAUUUUCCCACUCGAUUUCCAUGAAAAAAUAGCACAUUAUUCCACCAGAUUCAUUACAUUUCAUUAGAUUGUAAUGAGAUCAAAAAUCUAAAAUAAUAAUGAAAAAAUAUAUGAAAAUGAAAUGAAUAUAUACAGUAUAUAUAUAUAUAUAAUUUUUUGUCAAUUAUCCAAUUUCACAAUUGCCACAAAAAUAUUAAGCAGCACAACUAUUUCGAUCUUUCAUAAUAAUCAGAAAUGUUUCUUGACGUUUUGAAAAUCAUUAAAACAGGCUCUGAUGUUGGACUGAAAUGUGUCACAUUCUUGGAAUAUCUUGAGAUUCACCCAAAAACAUUUUGUUAUCGUCUGCUAAACUUCCCAGCAUGCCUUCUGUGUUUCAGUGAGUUGCGUCAGACGUCAUUGUAUGCUCGAUCAUUUAAAUCACCUGUUUCAGGUUGGAUAGUUGUCGUGUGUGAUUCCUUCUCCGUUGUUUUCAGUUGCAAGUAUGUGUUAUGAAUCUGAAUGUUUAUGCUGUUGGCCAGUUUUUCUUCUGAAUCAGGUUUCUGCUUCCAUAAAGCAGGCCGGUUUUGUCAUUUGAUGUUUUUUGAAUGCUGCUAAAUUCACCUUUUGUUGGUUUAUUGCUUUUGUUUUUUUUUAAACCAGAGUUGAAUUGCACCAUUUUAAAAGCUCAAUCUGUAAGUGUUUGGCAUCUUAUUCCCUCAGCUGGCAUUUAAACAUCCACAUUUCUGCAUGGCUUGAGGCUGAGACCGCUAAUCAUCUGAGGUUGAGGUGAACUGCUAAAUGUAAUGCCCCUAAAAAUUCUAACGGUUAACAAUCACUGUAUAUAUUGGGACAUACACAUUUGGUAAAGGUUUUCAAAGAAAUUUUAACAUUUUAUGUGCUGUAGUUGAAUGGAAAAGAGCAGCAUGAAUAUUUCUUGAAAUAUCUUUCGUUUUUGUUUUUUAAGAAAGUCAUACGGGUUUGUAUGAAAGCUUAUUUCAGCCACAAAAUAAAAAAUCACAACUGAGGAUAUUCUUCUCUGAAUUAUGAGUUUACAUCUAUAUUUUGGGAGAAGUCACAGUCAAGUUAUAUUUCUAUUUUGUGGUAUAAGUUGGGACUGAGAUGAGGUAAAUUAAAUUUUUGGGUGAAAUAUUGCUUUAACUCCUUAGUUUUUCUUCGUGUUGUCCAUCAUCACAAGUUUUACUCCGUGUGGUGUUUAAUGUUUGUUUGCUUGAAUGAUUCACAUCGGACUGAACGCCUCUUGGCUUCUCUUUUGUGUAUUUAUCAAACACCAUGAAUACUUUUCGCUGGCGUUUACCAUGAGGAUUAUGGGGCAGAUGCGAGUCUGACCAUGCCAUGAAAAGGCAUUUGGUUUUGGCCUUAAAUAUUAACUGUAGACUUAUGGAAUAAGAUGUACAUAAUAAGAUGUACAUAUAUAUUAAACACAUUUCAAGUUAAAAGAACUAAUGUAAACUUGAAAUGUUUUAAAGCCUUUAAAUAGCCAGUGAAUACCAUUUAAGUGUGUUAUAUAUCUGCUUUCCAACUUCAGUCUCAAAUAGCAAUUUGUCAAUUUAGAAUUACCUUUUGAUCCCUGAAAGAUAGUUUUGACUCUGAUUAAUACUGAUACCUGAUUGAUUAUGAUUCUAUGAUUCCGAUAUCUUCAUGUUUUUGCUGGAUGAAAGUCAUUAAUUGAGGUUUGGCUUGAAUGGAAUGGAGGUAUCUAUCAUAAUCUGACAUUCACACUGCUCUUUCAGUGUUUCGAAGAAGUUUGACUUAAAGAAAUGGUAGAUAUGAAUCAUAAUUUAACCAUAAUGUCGUUUAAUGUGCCACACAACACAUUCCAUUCAUUAAUAUGGGGCUGUACAGGGUGAUAUUGUCCACCCUCUCACUGUUAAAUACUGAAAUAGUCUGUCAUCAUUAUGAAAAUGUUGCCUUAUUUAUUUUAUAGUGUACGGUCACCAUUUAAUCGACUGUAGUAUGUUGUCAUCUCUCUUUUGUACUGCUGGCAUUGAUGUUUGAGAGGUCUUAGAGUUGUGUUUUUCUUUUCAUUUUCUUUUUCUUUUUUUUUCUUUUUUUAUGAGACAUUCCCUGAAAUAUUAGUUGAUGGGAAAAUGCUCUGCCCAGCGUGUAGAACAACAGUCAAUUUAGAGAGCUGUCAAUGAACAUGAAAUAAAGGAUAUAUAUUAUAAAAACAA